ACAUCGCCGCGGAGGCAGCGAGAGGGGCUGACAGCGCGGUGCUGGCGCUGAGCAGCGCAGGGAGCAGUGCCGGUUCCUCCGGCCGGCGUCUGUGAGGACAGCGGCGUCAGACCCACUCGGGUUCGGGAAUUCACACAGACGUGGAGCAAUGCUUGUGACUCUGUGGCUCCUCAAAGGCCCCUAGAAGCCUGCUUCUCUACACAGCCCAGGACCUCUGGCCCCAUGGAGCCCCCGAUCCCACAGAGCGUCCCCUUGACUCCCAGCUCAGUCAUGGUCCAGCCCCUUCUGGACAGCCGUAUGGCCCACGGCCGGCUCCAGCACCCCCUCACCAUUCUCCCCAUCGACCAGAUGAAGACCAGCCACGUGGAGAACGACUACAUCGACAAUCCUGGCCUGGCACCGCCCACCGGCCCCAAGCGGACCCGGGGUGCAGCCCCAGAGCUGGCCCUGACACCCGCCCGCUGUGACCAGGACAUCACCCACCACUGGAUCUCCUUCAGCGGGCGCCCCAGCUCUGUGAGCAGCAGCAGCAGUACGUCCUCUGACCAGCGCCUCUUAGACCACAUGGCCCCCCCGCCCGUGGCUGACCAGGCCUCCCCGAGGGCCGUGCGCAUCCAGCCCAAGGCCAUCCACUGCAAGCCACUGGACCUCAAGGGCCCGGCCGUCCCCCCAGAGCUGGACAAGCACUUCUUGCUGUGCGAGGCCUGCGGGAAGUGUAAGUGCAAGGAGUGCGCGUCCCCCCGGACGUUGCCCUCCUGCUGGGUCUGCAACCAGGAGUGCCUGUGCUCCGCCCAGACGCUGGUCAACUAUAGCACCUGCAUGUGCCUGGUGCAGGGCGUCUUCUACCACUGCACCAACGAGGACGAUGAGGGCUCCUGCGCCGACCACCCCUGCUCCUGCUCGCGCUCAAACUGCUGCGCCCGCUGGUCCUUCAUGGGCGCCCUCUCCCUGGUGCUGCCCUGCCUGCUCUGCUACCUGCCCGCCACCGGCUGCGUGAAGCUGGCCCAGCGCGGCUAUGACCGCCUGCGCCGCCCCGGAUGCCGCUGCAAGCACACGAACAGCGUCAUCUGCAAGGCAGCUGCCGGGGACGCCAAGGCCAGCAGACCCGACAAGCCUUUCUGACACCUGGGGUCAAGUCCCGGCGCUUCCCGGCGCUUGGUUCCCUUCUCACACCUGAGAGGGGGCCACCACAGCGAGGCCAGAGGUUUUAGCAUCCUCAGGCUGACCCUGCCAGUCUGCCCACUCCCUACCCCCAGCUUCUGAAGAAACAGAGACCACAAUCGCCCAUCCUUCUCUUCCCCAAAAGGAUGAAGAAGCACUUUGGGUUUUUUGUUUUUUGUUUUUUGUUUUCAGGGUCCUGGAACUUGUGUGAAACAGAUAGUGGCAGGGGCGUGGUGUGGUUUGGGGGCGAUUUUUCUUUUUCAGAAGAUGGAACACAGAUGUGGACACAUAUCCGGAAGUUGCAGCUGCUUGAAUGCCUUCCCAGCCCUCCUCCUCCCUCCCUCUCUCCCCGCUCUUUUGCAUUCUCUCUGGCUGCCUGGGAGGAAUCGGUGACUGAGCGGCCAGGGGACGCUGGAAGAAGACCCUUGGAGUUUUGCCGUCUAUACCUUCUUCUCCCAGCCUCUACCCCGGUUUGCCCCGACAUCUUGGGGAAGGUGUAGACCCUGGCGAUCCCUGUUGUAUAUACUUGGGAGCCCCCUCGUUCCUCGCUCUGCCCGGAGCCACGGAUGGAUCUAGGAACCACUGCACAGUACCUUUUCUCCCUUCCAGCUUCCUCACUAACUCUUGGGGGUGUUCCACUCAUAACACCGUCCUUCGGCUCUUACUGGGUCACAGACUCACCCGCCCGCUAAGUGUCCCAAGUUCUCUCUACCCAGAUCUUUUCCAGAAACUUUAUGGGUAGAGAAGGCCAGGGCGGCAAAUUCGAGACCAAAUAGCAUUUUGCCAAUGAGUCUGAGGCUGUGGUCUCUGGAUCCAGUCAUUAUGUUUUUAUAGAAGCAUUAAACCAGAUGCUAACGGUGUUUUAAGAAAUAAUAGUAAAACACUUGCUUCCUUUUGGGCCACCCCCAGGAAGGGCUGAUUUCAAAAUCUGGGGGGCGAGCAACCUCAAGGAACACCAUCCCCCUCCCCACCAAGAAGAGGAUUUUAACAGCAAAGAAGAGAGGCAGCACCUCCCAUUGGCAGAGUGAGAGUUGAGGCAAGCUGGGUGUAGGUUUCUUCUCUCUUGAUUCUGCUGCUUGCUGUCAUAGCCUUUUGUGUACAGUGUCUGUAUCUUUAAUGUAAAUAGGCAGAUGAUGAAAAAAGAGUCUAUUUUAGUGUUAGGAAGCCCUGGCGGGGGAGUCAGAAGAAUGCGGGUGGGGGAAAGAUUCUCCGGGGGCUUCUUGGGAUUGAGCCCUGCUUCUGUGCGUGGCUACAAUGAGCCCCUCCCAACAGCCCCCAAAGACGUAGCAACUCUUUCUCUCAAGGUGCUAAAGGACUCAGAAAGUGCAGCUCGUCCGGUGGGUAGGUACUUGUUGCAUGCAAAAGCUGUAGUGUGUCCGGUCCUUCCUCCCUAGCUAUCGUGCGGGGUUUUUGCUUAGUGUGGUAUUUUGUGCCUCCCUCUCUUUCCCCCCGUGAGAGAAAGUAGUCUGGGUCAGAAAAGCUACCCCAGGUGAUAUCGGAAGUGCACUAGGCACAGCGUUUGUGGCAUUUCCAGUUUGUUCUGUAGGAACAGAACAGCCUCCAGGAAGGAGGCAAGGAGGCAGGUAGCUGCGAUGGUCAUGCACCCAGUGCUUCUCAAGGACUUUUUUUUUUUUUUCCUUCUUGAAGACUAGUAGUAACAUCUUAUGAUUUAGAAUAAGUUAAUUGUAACCGUAGGUAUUUAUUGACUGGUGGAAAGGAGGGGAGGGUCUUAUUAUUUUAGGCUUUAUUUAUAUAACAUAUGCUGGCUUGUAAAAGGCAAAUAUGAAAUACUGCAUCUGCGUUUCCUAAGGCUGAUUCCUGUAGCUCCCUUUGCCACAGUCGUGAUGGAUGUGUGGAUGUUCCUGCACAAAUCAGAGGGGAUGGUAGAAGAAACACAUUCAGCCAACCACGUAUCCUAAUUGAAUGUAUCAGAUGUGUACUGAAGGGACUGGAGAUGUUUUCUCAGAACAGGUGUGCAGAGGUUACCCCAAAAAAGAGGGCACACGUCCUCGCUUGGUGAGACCUCAGAACUUUUCCCAAAGCCCUCCCUCAAAUGUCUCCAUGGGAAACUUGACCCAGUGGCAAGUUGCACUUUGGUGAUCUUUGGAGUUCUACACACACAUUCUGUGGAGAAUUGACUUACAUAAGCUGUGCACACACACACACACACACACGCACAUACAUACGUACAUACAUACAUAUACCCCUACCCCACUGUCUCUAUCUACAUAGACCCUGUUACCUGGCAAACAGCCUCCUGAACCCUGACUUUUUGUGUAUAUAGUUAUAAACAUGGAUUUUCCUGGGUUUUGGCUUUCUUUUUUCCCUUCCCCCUGUUCUGGCUUGUUCUUUUUGGUUUGCAUCUAGCCUGCUAGAUGGACGUCUGCAGAACUCUGUCCUGUGUGCUCAGCUUCGGUUCACCCAGCUUUGUUGCAUAGCUAUCCCUCAGCAUGUUCUCCUUGGCAAAAAGGAAAAAUAAAACUGGCUUGCCCGUGGCCCCCGGGGGCCAGUCAAGGGCCACUGAGGGACCAAGCUCUCAGAAACACGACCCAUUUCUGUGGCUGCUUCUGGCUGGUUGCGUGUCCUGUCACCAGUGGCCUGCUUGGGUGGACUGUGCCUCGUGUUGACCUUUUUUCGAAGUGCCAGCUGCUUCCCACUUCCGUUCACCCUGGGGUGGCUGGUGGUUCUGCCUGGAACCGGGGGCGGGGUCCACAAACCUGGGUCCGGGAUACUUGUCCUAAGGGGCCGAGGCUGCUUCCCCUCAAGGGUGGGUUUGUGAAGGCCCAACACCCCAGCCAGCACCCUGGGAACUGGGUCUAGGAGAGCCCAGCCCUCGCAGGUAGACGGGGUACAACCAAGGCUUCUGAAGGUCCCUGGCUGGGAGGAGUCAAGACCAGUCCCUGCUAUUUAUAUGGGCCCUUCACAGCUGACCGAGAUGGAAGACCAUCACGUGAUGCGCCCGGCUCUUUACGUGUUCUGGAGUCUGCGUGCGUCCCUGUUGGGCAUCGAGCGAGGCCCAGUUAGAUUAUGAUGAGUCUAAAUGUGGAAAGUGUGGGCUGGGGCCAGCAUCCACAUCCCGUCACCUUCAUGGUCUCUGUGCUGCCCCAGGAGGUAUCCGGUGGGGUGUAGGCAGCACGACUUGACACCGCGCAAGUCACCAGGGCAUCCCGCAAGCUUCACUGACCUUCUGGUUCAUGCCUUCGGUAAGCAUUUUCAUGCCCUCUGCUUACUGUGACAGGUGGCGACAAAUCUUGCGCUGCCAUGUUUUGCUGUGGGUAACUGUGGUGUCUUACCCUGCUUUCUCUUCUCACUGCCCCACGGUUUGGUUUCAUGUUACAAACAGAAAAGCUGUUCAAGGGUCCCAACCUGGCACAUUUUCCCUCUUCACUGUAACCCCUUCUCACCCCACAUCAAAAGUUACCACAGAAGGUUUCCUUUGUAUAGAAUAUUUAUUUUGAAGCUCUAUUUUAAUAGUAUUUAUUUUAGAAAGUCUACUAUUGUAAGAGUUCUUCUGUUUGUGAAGAAAAAGCAAGUUAAAAACUGAAUGUACUGAUCUAGAAAAUAUAUAUAAAUAUAUAUUGUUAAAUAUA